AUGGAUAAAGAAGAAAUUAUGGAUGGGGAAGAAGUGAGGGAUGGAAAAGAAUAUACUAAGUAUGGAGAAGAAAUGAAGGAGGAAGAAAAUGAAGUUAAGGAAGCAGAAGAAGUUAAGGAGGAUGGAGAAGAAGUUAGGGAAGGAGAAAAGGUUAAGAAUGAAGAACAAGUUAGGGAAGGAGAAGAAGUUAAGGAUGGAGAAAUAGUUUGGGAUGGGGAAGAAGUGAAGGAAGGAGAAGAAGUUAAGGAAGAAGAAGAAGAAGUUUUGGAUGGAGAUGAAGUUAAGGGUAAAGAAGAAAGUAUGGAUGGGGAAGAAGUUUGGGAUGGAGAAGAAGUUAAGGAGGGAGAAAUGAACUUGGAUGGAAAAGAAGUUAAGGAAGGAGAAGAAAUUAGGGAUGAUGAGGAAGAAAGUAAGGAUGGAGAAGAAGCAGUUAUGGACGGAGAAGAUGUUAAGGAAGGAGAAGAAACUAAGGAAGGAGAAUAG